AUGGAAGCAGGGAAGAUGAACCCAUUAGAUCUAAAUUAUAAUAAGCUCUUUUCUAAGAAUGAUAAAGAUUAUGAAUCUACAGUGGUUCCAGAGACACAAAUACCAUCAUCAUCAUCGUCAUCAUCAAGUGGUCAGGUUUUUAAAGAUAUGUGUAAAAAUCUUUCUGAGUAUGAAAUCAAAGACAAGAUCUCUAGAACCAAGACUAGUCUCGCAAUGAUAGCACAAUGCCUUCCCGACAGAGGUGCUAAGCUUAAGGAGAAUCUUAAAAUCCUUGAAGCAGAACAGGAGCGUAGACAUGAUAAAGAGGAAAAGCCUAUUGGAGCCAUGGUGUGGAAGAAACUCAAAAUAUUGCACACCAGCAAUAUAGGUGUGGGAGAUGAUAAGAUAAUUAAUUUACCUGAUGACCUAAUUCAUCACAUUCUUUCUUUCCUUCCUACCAAAUGUGCUAUGUCUACCUGAAUUUUAUCUAAAAAAUGGAAGUAUGUAGCUAAUUCUAUCCCUAUUCUUGAUUGUCGUAACUGGCGAGCAGAUGCUAGAGAAGACAGAGAGCUGGAAACCAAAUGGUUCAUUAAUUUUUUGGGCAUAAUAUUUUAUCUUCAUGA